AUGCAGGGGACACAGCUGGCGUCUCUGGUGCUGGUGCUGGCGGCCUGCGGGGAGCUCGUGAUGGCCCUGCAGUGUUACACUUGUGUCGAGCCCACGACUGUGUCCAGCUGCCUCACCGCGGCCAACUGCACGGCCAACGAGACCAUGUGCAAAACCACACUCUACUCCCUGGAGACCGUGUACCCAUUCCUGGGGGACUCCACGGUGACCAAGUCCUGCAGUAGUAAGUGCCAGCCCUCGGACGUGGAUGGCAUCGGCCUGACCCGGCCCGUGUCCUGCUGUAACACCGACCUGUGCAACGUGGACAGCGCCCCUGCCCGGGGAGGCCCUGGGGUACUAGCUUGUACCCUCCUGUUGGUCCCCCUCUGCAGCCUCGGACUUUAG